CCCCACCUCAGCCUGUAAUGCCAACCGUCAACGAUGCCCCACCUCAGCCUGUAAUGCCAACCAACAAGGGUGCCCCACCACAGCCUGUAAUGCCAACCUUCAACGUUGCCCCACCUCAGCCUGUUAUGCCAACCGUCAACGAUGCCCCACCUCAGCCUGUAAUGCCAACCUACAAGGGUGCCCCACCACAGCCUGUAAUGCCAACCUUCAACGUUGCCCCACCUCAGCCUGUAAUGCCAACCAACAACACUGCCCCACCACAGCCUGUCAUUCCAACAUACAACGGUGCCCCACCACAGCCUGUAAUGCCAACCUACAACGUUGCCCGACCUCAGCCUCUAAUGCCAACCUACAACGAUGCCCCACCACAGUCUCCGGUAAUGAUGGUGACGCGAAACACCAGCAGCUCCCCUUUACAGACUGAGAGCUACAACUAUGAAGGUCCUCUGCCUCCCCUUGCUGUGCCAGUUCACUUCGCUUUAGACAUGCUAAAUGAGAUGGAGGAGCAAGUUGGGUAUGAAGACAUCGAGGCCAGUAAUGGGAAUCCUGAGCAAGGAGUGUCUCACCCAUGUUCUUGUUGUAGAAAGGUUGACUCCCUUCAGGUCACUGUGCAAGAACUUCAAUUACAGGUGAAGUCACUUGAGAGACUGGUUGAGAGGUCGCAAAGCACAGCCCCAAGGGUCCAGACCCCGACCAGACCAAUCCCAGUACGACAACACCUUCAGGCCAUUCAAGAUGGCAACCUUUCAACAGAGGAGAAGAUUAAGGCAGCCAUCCAACAUGAACCAAGGGAAGCAAAAGCCCUUCAGAGAGCCAUGCGGGCCAUCUUUUCACCUCAACAGCUCGUCUCUUGUUCUAUGAAGGGGGCCUUCACUUGCAGACAUGGGGCGCCAAGACCUGGGCUACCACAUGAAGACACUGCUAUCAUUAUUGAACAAGUCAGCCAGAAAUAUGGAACCUCUAUCCCAGAAGUAGAAAAGAAAUUUAGGUCAGCCCUCCACAGACUUUCGGGAGCCUAUAAGGGAACUCAGACGGUGUUUAAAUGUUGAUAAAAGACAGUCACAUGUAUAUAUGUAUAUAUAUAUAUAUAUGUGUGUUUGUGUGUAUAGACAUAUUUAUGUAUAUUUAUUUAUGUACGAGUGUAUGAAUGUUGAUUUAUAUUAAUACUUUCUUCUCUUUUGUUUGCGUAUAUUUAUUUAUGUAUAUGUGUAUGA